GCCCUCCCUCUCUCACUGUGUGUUGGGCUCAGCACAGCUCCUCUACUCAUUCGCUGCUGAUUCACCCGCUUGCCUCUCCUCUGCCGGUCGCUCUGCCGUGCUGUGCUCCGCCUGCCUGCCUGCCUGAGAAUGGUCCAGCCGGUGCCUGGGGGUCUGCCGUCGCAGCCUGUCUGAACACACUCACACACACACACAACAAACACAAGAGUCAGCGGACGCAAGGAAGCACACAUGUGAAAGAGGAAGUGCCUUUGCUGAUGUGUGCCGCAGCUUUGACCCGCUUCUACCGCUGAAGCGCCAUCCUCCGCCUGCCUCGCCUUCGCUCGCUUGCAAGGAAAGGCGGCCGCGCACUCCUCAAACUGCACCCUGGCCCGUCGGUCCGUCCGCCGUCAUCACCACUCCCAGCUUCAGCUAAUCUUCACCUGACAGCCCAAAUCCACCGCCAGGCCCAAGCAGAGCAUCACGCACCUUGCCUUUGACUUACCUUGGCCUUGGACCCCCUUAAGCCUCCACAGUGUCCUUAAUCCCACCCCCCAAGAAGCAGACUAGGCCCCAGACUAUCACCUUUGUUGCCUGCUUCACCAUAUCAGGUCUCUCUCCCGUGCCACUUUGAAUGUUCUAGAAAAAAAGAGUGUGCAAUAAGAGGGAACGUUCAACCUCAGUUCUGGAUACAACCCGCUGACUUGAUCGAGGAAGAUGGCGCAAUAACACUCGCAGCCGCACUUCGUCCUGCCACAUUUCACCCUGGACACUGUCCCACGCAAACAUAACGACACGCGAGCAUAAGAGAAGCUGCGGAUUAUAAUUAUCGCAGUUGCCAUGGCGAUGAACAUAGCGCAGAUCCGCGACACAAAGUGGCUGACACUCGAGGUGUGCCGGGAGUUCCUCAGGGGCACGUGCUCCCGUCCGGACCAGGAGUGCAAGUUCGCUCAUCCGGCGAAGAGCUGCCAGGUGGAAAACGGACGGGUCAUCGCUUGCUUCGACUCGCUCAAGGGCCGCUGUUCCAGGGAGAACUGCAAGUAUCUGCACCCUCCUCCGCACCUAAAGAACCAGCUGGAGAUCAACGGCAGGAACAACCUGAUCCAGCAGAAGAACAUGGUCAUGCUGGCCCAGCAUAUGCAGCUCGCCAACGCCAUGAUGCCUGGCACGCAGCUCUCGCCUAUGGUGAGAACGUUCAAACCCCUGAUACAACAUAGCACUGUUUGGCACAUUUACUUCCAGGCUCGCCAUGACUGCCUUCCCUCCGUCCUCCAGCCCAUGUUCUCCGUGACGCCCGGCCUGGCCACCAACGCCGCUGCCGCAGCUGCAGCCGCGGCUUUUAAUCCCUACCUGAGCCCCAUGUCGCCGGGCCUGAUGCCCCCAGAGAUCCUGUCCAACACCCCCGUCCUCAUGGCUUCCAGUCCUACCGUCAGCCAAGUCCCCAACGCUGCCGCUGCAGCCCAGAAACUGCUGAGAACAGACAGACUCGAGGUGUGUCGCGAAUACCAGAGGGGAAACUGCUCCAGGGGGGAGGACGACUGUCGCUUUGCCCACCCAGCAGACAGCACAAUGAUCGACACAAACGACAACACGGUCACGGUGUGCAUGGACUACAUCAAGGGCCGCUGCUCCCGCGAGAAGUGCAAGUACUUUCACCCGCCGGCUCACCUGCAGGCCAAAAUCAAGGCCACUCAGCACCAGGUGAACCAGGCCUCCGCAGCCGCAGCCAUGACUCAGUCGGCUGUCAAAUCACUGAAGCGACCCCUCGACGCAACCUUUGACCUGGGUAUCGCCCCCAAUGUGAUGGCUCCCCUGCCAAAGCGGGCGGCCCUGGAGAAGGCCAAUGGGGCCUCUGCUGUGUUUAACACCGGCAUGCUCCAGUACCAGCAGGCCCUGGCCAGCAUGCAGUUUCAGCAGCAGGCUGCUUUCCUCCCAUCAGGCUCUAUAUUCUGCAUGACCCCUGCAGCCGGCGUUGUUCCCAUGAUGCACGGUGGCACUCCAGUCACUGUUUCUGCAGCCACCACGUCCGCCACAAACGUUCCCUUCGCAACUGCCUCCACCAAUCAGGACUCUUCCUUAUCAAAGUUGACUACCAACGAAUACAUGCAAUUGAUUCCAAUGAUAUCUGCGGAUCAUCUGAGUAGUCACAAGUACUUGACUCAAAUGUAGUUCCUCUCAAGAACAAUCAAACGAAUGUGUGCUGGCACCGUCCAAGCCAACACAGUUCAGCCUUUAUUUACACAACCUUCAGUUUGUCAAGCAAACGGGGGACGAGGAGGGAUCUCGUCACACGUGGAAACAUCGCGGGCGCCAUCUUCCCACGCUUGAAGGCGAGAGCCGGGGAGGACACGUUGGUGCACAGUGGGUCACGUCACACGUUCAAAUCACACCAUUGGCUCUAAUUCUACUUUACCGGAUGCCGGACGGUCAAAGAGUGCACCUCUGGUACGUUCUUUUGACCAAUUUUAUUUUCUAUUCCUUUUCUUUUGAAACAAUCAGCCAUAUUUCAUCGUUUACACAAAAAAAAAAAAAUGCACCUUGAAUUUGAAUUGAGAAAGGCACCGCCAUUUGAGGACACAAAAAAUAAAAAACAAAGACGAGUGCAGUAUUGAGCGCGUGUACAGCUACUAGUCAAACUAGGUGUGGAUGGAUGAAUAAGUGCGGGUGUUAGGUGGGACAUAUGAAUGUUUGUGGGAAACCAACAUGGAUCCUGUGUACCCUGAAAGCACAGCCAGGCUAGCUCUUCUCACCUUGUCGUGUGCCAUGGAGGCCAUACAGAGUGUUGUCUCAGCAGUGUUAUUUGUUUACCAGGGCUCAAAUUAUAUGAAAAAAAAAGUGUUGUAUGGCUCUUAAUGUUGUUUUAAUAUUUAGAUUUUUAAGAAAAAAAAUAUUCAUUUUAGAAGUGGGUUUUUUGUGCUAAUUUUUUCAUGUGUUCCUUUAAAGCAGGGGUCACCAACCUUUUUGAAACCAAGAGCUACUUCUUGGGUACUGAUUAAUGCGAAGGGCUACCAGUUUGAUACACACUUAAAUAAAUUGCCAGAAAUAGCCAAUUUGCUCAAUUUACCUUUAACUCUAUGUUAUUAUUAAUAAAACUAGCUAUUUCGAAUAUUUUGGAAAAAAUUCUGUCUGUCAUUCCGUCAUACAUUUUUUUUUCCAUUUACGAAAGGUUUUUAGUAGAGAAUAAAUGAUGAAAAAAACACUUAAUUGAACGGUUUAAAAGAGGAGAAAACACGAAAAAAAUGAAAAUUACAUUUUGAAACAUAGUUUAUCUUCAAUUUCGACUCUUUAAAAUUAAAAAUUCAACGGGAAAAUAUGAAGAGAAAAACUAGCUAAUUCGAAUCUUUUUGAAAAAAUAAAAAAAUAAUUUAUGGAACAUCAUUAGUAAUUUUUCCUGAUUAAGAUUAAUUUUAGAAUAUGGAUGACAUGUUUUAAAUCUGCACUUUGUUAGAAUAUAUAACAAAUUGGACCAAGCUAUUUUACAUAUAUACAAAGACUAAUCAUUAUUUCUUCUAGAUUUUCCAGAACAAAAAUUUUAAAAGAAAUUCAAAAGAGUUAAAUUUGAUUCUAAAGAGUUUCUAUAUUUGCCAGAAUUUUUUAAAUUGUAAUCAUAAUAAGUUUGAAGAAAUAUUCUUUGUCGAAAAAACAGAAGCUAAAAUUAAGAAUUAAAUUAAAAUGUAUUUAUUAUUCUUUACAAUAAAAAGAAAAAAAAUACUUGAACAUUGAUUUAAAUUGUCAGGAGAGAAGAGGAAGGAAUUGAAAAGUUAAAAGGGUCAUAUUUUCCCGUUUAAAAAUCCUAAAAUAGUUUUUAAUGGUUGUUUUUUUUCUCUAAAAUUGUCUUUCUGAAAGUUAUAAGAAGCAAAGUAAAACAAAUAAAAUAAUUUAUUCAAACAAGUGAAGACCAAGUUUUUAAAAUAUUUUCUUGGAUUUUCAAAUUCUACUUGAGUUUUGUCUCUCUUAGAAUGAAAAAUGUCGAGCAAAGCGAGACCAGCUUGCUAGUAGAUAAAUACAAUUUUAAAAAUAGAGGCAGCUCACUGGUAAGUGCUGCUAUUUGAGCUAUUUUAGAACAGGUUAGCGGGCGACUCAUCUGGUUCUGACGGGCUACCUGGUGCUCGCGGGCACCGCGUUGGUGACCCCUGCUUUAAAGACUUUUAUUACGUUGAAUAAACUCGAGUGCUGUUUUUGUUGGUGUUACGUUCAAGUCCAGCGACUCUAAAAGCCUGUUGGAGAGGAGGGUGUUGCUUCAGCUGACUUGUUGUUACCCCAUUGUUGUCCUUCCUCUUUUAAAGAGGGGCCGCUCUGGAAGAAACACUGUUGAUGUGUAAGAAAGACAAAAGGUCUAUUAGGUCAUUGUAACCAAACCAAACAAAACAAAACAAAAAAAGUACACUUGAAUGAUUGUUCUGUCCGAGUCCGAUGUCAACCAGUCCUUUUUAAAUGUCACCUAAGAUGGUGGUUCCCGACCUUUUAUGUUCCCAGUGUUCUUAGAAAACAUUCAUGCACGCACUUAAGGAGUAUUAGGACCACAAUGAAACUGAAAAAAAAAACAUAGCAUCAUCAAUGAAAAAUACGUUCUAAAGAAACAAUUGUUUCCUCACACGAGUUUUUUGUAAAAAGAAAAAUGUAACAUGAUGUUUUUGUCUCGUAAAGUUGACGUUUUAUUGUCAUAUGGCAUAGUUUUCACCUCAGUGUCAUUCUCGCAGUACUAUUGUAUUUUUCGGAUUAUAAAUCGCUCCGGAGUAUACGUCGCACCGGCCAAAAAUGCAUAAUGAAGAAGGAAAAAAACAUAUAUACGUCGCACUGGAGUAUAAGUCGUAUUUUGGGGGGAAAUUUAUUUGAUGAAACCCAACAUCAAGAAUAGACAUUUGAAAGGCAAUUUAAAAUAAAUAAAGAAUAGUGAACAACAGGCUGAAUAAGUGUACGUUAUAUGAGGCAUAAAUAACCAACUAAGAAGAUGCCUGGUAUGUUAACGUAACAUAUUAUGGUAAGAGUCAUUCAAAUAACUAUAACAUAUAGAACAUGCUAUACGUUUACCAAACAAUCUGUCUCUCCUAAUCGAUAAAUCCGAUGAAACCUUCUUCCUCGAUGUCGCUUCUAAACAACUCUGCCAACUCCAAAGGUAUGCGCUGCUUCCUCUUGUCGUUUUCUGCUGCAUAUUUCACUACGUCCAGCUUGUAAUCUGCAGUACAUGAUUUCCCUUUCGGCGCCAUUUUUGUUCAGCCCUUCUCAGUUUUUAGAAGUUACCGCCAACAAUGAAAUGAUCCAUUUUAAUAGCUACCGCAGUAGCAUAUAGCAUAUAGCAGUUAGCAUUCCAUGACCCACAAUGCACUUCUGCCAUGACCCUCCCCUGCCGAAUUCUUAUUGGUUGAUGUGUGUGUGACGAUUGCUGACAUUUUCUUCGUAUCUUCCGCGAAUGAGAUAAAUAAUAUUAUUUAUUAUUUUACAGUAAUGUGUUAUAUUUUCACACAUAAGUGACUCCGGAGUAUAUGUCGCACCCCCGGUCAAUCUAUGAAAAAAAAUGCGACUUAUAGUCCGAAAAAUACGGUAUGGACUUUUCAAGGAAAAAAAAUAUGACUUCAAAAAUGAUUUCAUACCAUUACAACAUUUUUUGUAACAUUACAUUUUGUUGGCGUCAGGGUCUUACUCCUUCUAUGACAUGAACAAAUCUUGGUUUUAUUCUCAAUAGGAAUAUUCUCAUACAUUUGAACCUUUCUUGAAAAAGUCCCACUUUAUUAUCACAUUAUAACUUUAUAAUUAUUUGAUUAUCAUGAUUAUUUUCUCAUAAUAUCACAAUUGACAAUAAUGUUGUAUCUUUAUUCCCGUAAACUGCGUCAUAACUCAUCAGUUUACAACUUUAUUCUCGUCAUACUACAGGUUUUUAUGUGAAUAACAAUUUUCUAUGUAUCGUGGCGCUAUUCGAUAUAUACAUAUGUAUAUCUUUAUUCUCGCUAUUUGUGUUUUUAGUCUCAUAAAUUACAAUUUACGACUCAUAUUAUUAAAUUUUUCUUCGUAAAGUUAAGACUAUUUUCUCGUAAUUAAAAAUUACAACUUGGGAUAUUUCAGCUUUGUUUUCGUAAUGUUACGACUUCAUCCUUGUAAUAUUACAUCAUUCUUUUUCGGUAUAUUACAAACCUAACAUCGUAACAUUGCAACCUUUUUGUCAUAACCCAACAAUAUUUGUUCUCAUAACUGUAUCACUAAUUUUUUUUGGUGAUAACAACAAUGUCAUAUAAUUAUGGGGAACAAAUUAAAACCAAAACACUUGCAAUAUAAAGAUUGUAGCAAUUUGUUACAUCUUUGUUUUUGUGAUAUUACAUCAUGUUUUCUCAUUAUAUUGCAACUUUAAUUUUGUAACUUUACGACUUGUUUGUCAUAACUUCACAACUUUAUUGUCGUAACUGUGUGAAUAUUUCUGUAACAUUGCUAUUCUUUAAUAAUGAUAAUAUGAGUAAAGUAAAAAAACAUUUUUGAAAAAAAAUUUAAAUAAAAAAAACGUUUUUGUCAUUAACUCUUUUUUGUAGUGUUGUGACUUAUUCAUAUAAUGUUUGGGAAAAAACUCAAAGCACAAAAAUGUUGUAAUAUAAGCAAUAUAAUAUGUUUGACUUUAUCUCGAUCAAUCUUUAGUCAUGCAACAGUUUGCCUUUAUUCUCGGAAAUUGUACAUUUCUUCCCCUUAUAUUACAACCCUAAUUUUGUAACUUUUUUGUUGUAACUUAAUUCUUGUAAAUUACAAUGUUCUUUCUUGUUAUAUAACAACUUUAAUUUUGUAACUUUACGAUUUUUUUUGUUGUAACUUUACGACUUAUUUCCCAUGACUAAAGACAGAAUAAAGUAAUAAAAAUGUCACAAGUUUACGACUUUAUUCUCAUAAAUAUGAAACGAGUAAACCAAACAACUGGUUAUAUAGUGUACAAUAAUUUUGACCUUAGCUCGCUAAAUCUUUACUCCUGAAACAGUCUGCCUUUGUUCUCGGAAAAUAUACAUUUUUUUUCCCCAAAAAUGACAACCUUCAUUUUGAAACUUUUUUGUAGUAACUUCACAAAUUAAUACUUUUAAAUUUCGAUUUUCUUUUUUGUUGUAAUACAACUUCAAUUUUGUGUCUUUACGAUUUUUUUUUGUAAUUUUAUAACUUUUUUCUCAAAACUAAUGACACAAUAAAGUCAUAAAAAUGUCAUAACUUUCCGACUUAAUUCUUGUAAAUUACGAUUUUCUUCCUUGUUGUAGAACAACUUAAUUUUGUAACUUCACGACUUUUUUCUCAUAACUAAGGAACAGAAUAAAUUCAUAAAAAUAUCAUAACUUUACGACUUAAUUUUCAUAAAUAUGAAAUGCGUAAACAAAACAACUCCUAAUAUCGAGUACAAUCAUCUUGGCUUUAACUCGCCAAAUCUUUAUUCGUGCAACAGCCUGCCUUUAAUCUCGGAAAUUAUACAUUUCUUCCCCUUAUAUUACAACCUUCAUUUUCUAACUUUUUUGUUGCAACUUAAUUCUUGAAAAUUACGAUUUUCUUUUUUGUUGUAUAACAACUUUAAUUUUGUAGCUUUACCAGUUUUUUGGUUGUAACUUUACGACUGUUUUAUUAUAACUAAAGACCGUAUAAAUUAAAAUGUCAUAACUUUAUGACUUUAUUCUCACCAAACAACUGGUAAUAGAGAGUACAGCAAUAGUGCCUUUAGCUCGCUAAAUCUUUCAUUUCAUGCAUUUCUUCUCUCAACGUUAUGACUGUUUUUACAAAAUAUGACAACCUAAUUCUCUAUCAUUGCAGCCUCAUUCCCAUAGCUUUUGACUGUUUAUUUUUUGUUUCUUUUGCAACUUGACAACUUUUACUUCUCACAUCGCAAUGUUUCUUUUUCCUUUCAUGUAGCCCUCAUACUCCUUGUAACAAAAAAAAAUAAACAAAUGUUCACACAAUUUGAACAAAAAAUGUAAAUACAACCAAAUCAAAGUUUUACCCCUCACUUAAGAUGUUAGCGCCCCCUGUUGGAAUCCCUGCCUUACGUGGAAACACAAACAGCAUCUCUCACUUUGGGAUUGAGUUUCCCAUGUUAGUUUUCUUCUGGACUGGACAGUUUCACGUGUUCCCACAGAGGUGUGUUUAGCGAUUGUAUUGUACCUAACAAAGCCUUAGAUUACCAUGAAUGGGUCUCGGCCCAAACUUGUCAAUCACCAUGCAGGUAAAGAGCACCAAUGAUGUUUUAUAAUUAUUAGUCACAUGCCGCUUAUUAUUAGAAAAGAAUAACACAUUUGUGCUUUUCUCUUUCUCUGUGUAACAAUUAUUCUCUUAAAAACAUUUUAGUAUGUACUACUUAAGGAUUUGAAUCUGUUUGAGAUGCAUAAUUGUAGAUGUUUUCUUUUUUUUUCUUUGGCCUUACUAUAUUACUAUAUUACUUGACAACAUUGAUAUAGCCGUUGUAGAUUUUUGAGGUCGUAUGACAUUCAUAACUUUGUUUUCCAACCAUAUUAAUGAUAAAUAUUCACUUGGUUCACAGAGCUGGAUGUCUUUUUCAGUGACUUUAUGUUUUUUUUUUGAUACGAGGAAUUCCUUGCCGCCACGUCAAGAUCAUAUUUGAAAAUAUAGUUUUAAGGUAAACGUUGUUUUCUACUGUAUCCAUUUCAAAAAAAUAUAUAUAUGUUGUUUUUUGUUGGAAAUAUUUCUUAAGUUUGCCCUGAAUGUCAGGCCAAAAAUGAGCAGUUGAGACUUUUGGGGUGUUUGGAUAUAAUUUUUCGUUAUUUGUGUUGUUUUUUUGUUUUUUAUUCGGGUCAGUGUGUGUUGAGAUUCGGAGCAAGAACGUAAAAGAAAAAAAAAAAGAAAAAAAAAAAAAGGACUUUUUCCUGUCGGUGAAGUCAGAAAUGCUGCAGGUGAUGAGUUCGAACCUAAGGGACGAAGGUUGCGACUUUUUUGCACUUCUGUAUAUAGUCAAAUGAACAGAGACAAAUGUGUAUCAUAUUGAGAUAUUAUUUUGAAUAAAGAAAAAAAAAAAAGAUCUGUAAUAAUGAUAAGGAAUUUUGUUAAAUUAAUUUAAAUUCAUAAGUAAAUUAGAAGACCAGCUAAAGUUGCUUGCAAAGAAGGGCGCUAGUUUUUGGGCCGAUGCAUUGAGAGAAAGCAAUGCGCUGUUUUGUCUUCUUUUAUCAGUGGCUAGUUUUUUGCCUGGGAAUGUUUUAGGGGAACAAUUACGCCCCAUAUUUUUUUUUUGUCCUGCUUAAUCCAACCCUUCAAAUGAUUUCCAUUUGUCGGUCACAUCGCUGCUCCUGCUCCGCACACACACUAAAGAUAUAUAUUCCGUUCUGAUUGGACUGCAUGUAAAAACCACAAAAGCAUAGUUGACAAUAAUCUAAUCCAUACAGUAGAUAACAUCCACAGUGGGAGGGGGAAUGAUACUUUUUUUUUUCCAAAAACAAAUGUUGUUUAAAAGAAAAUCCUCAGCCAACCCAAAUAGCCAUAUAGAGUACUUUUACAGUUGCAAUGCUUACAAACACUGUGCACUCAGCAGGUGAAGACUGGUCACACCAAAUGCACAUUUAGGCCAAUUUAAGUCAUUUAAAAAUGAAUGUAAAGCGGCUGCUGUAUUGUUUGCUAUAGAACCAAAGCACCAAAAAAAAAAAAAAGACACCUUCAUGUCAGUUUCUUCCCUGCUGAGAGCACAUGGAUGCUUUCUUUUUUUGUUUUUGGACUGCUUUUUACUUGCAAGUGCAACUAGCACUUACGUAUUUGCUAACAGUUGCCACACAAUGAUGAUGUCUGAUUUGUUUAUGCACAUUUUGAUUGUUGCCAUAAUUGACUCUUUGCUGUAUGGAUGACAAAAACAUUAAGAAAUAAAAUACAAUAUUUGAUUUGCUCAUGCAA